AUGUCUUCGACCGAACAUUACCCUGGCUACUCUGCUCUUCUCUCUUAUCUUAAUGAGCGCGAACAUGUAAACUGGUCGUACUACGAGUUUUUGACUCUUAACUGUGAUGUCAUUAUAUCUUUGUCAUCGAAUACAGAAAAUUGGAAUGGCCUAGAUGGUGCAUGGACAUACAGAUUUCUAAAAGAAGCAGAAGCGAUGCUUAAGCCAAAAGACUUUGAAACUUUAAAGGUCAAGGGAGCUCCUGUCAGUUCACGCGCUGACUCAGGAGUAUCAGUUCACGUGCUGGCCCAAGUGGAUUCCGAACAUUCAAAACAUGGAUUAAAGACCUAUUGGGAAAACGUUAUCCAUGAACAGAAAAAAUUGAAAGUGAAACGCACCCACAUUCUUGGGAGUCUUGACCUCCUAGAUGAAGCCGGUAAACAUAAUGUCAAAGAUCUCUCUGAAGGGCUUUCAGAUUCUUUCCCUGUUGCAUCCAAGCAUGCACUUGAGAGUACGAACUUAAUUUCUCCUCAAGAGAAUAAGAAGAUUAAAAAUGGUGAAAAUGAAGUGUCAGUUGAAGAAGAUAUCUCUCAAGAGGACGUGUUGAACUCAGUUACUGAAACCUCCAAUAUCUUUAGAGAAGUUGAAUUCCCGGGGUAUUACGAUAAGCUCAAAAAAAUAUGGAGUACCCGUGAAGCAGGAUCAAAUUAUUAUGUAAUUGAUCUGAAAAAUAAAGAAGUUUUAAAAGAGGUACAUAAUCUUUUAGAUGAUGAAGAAUUAAAAUCGUUAUUUGAUAGAUUGGCUUUGGAAGACGAGAACAAAUAUAUAAUUGAGAAAAAAUUUAUCGAAACCAAAGACGAAGUCAUUUCCAAGAUGGAAAAAGUGAAGCAUUUCGAGCCAUCUAAGUACAAUUAUAAGGAUGGAUGGAAUUGUCAAAAACACAACCGAAAGAUCAUGGAAUUAUUUGAAAGGCCAAACCAAAUUCCCUUAUUCGUACUUGAAGUCUCUGGUGAACCUAGUAAUCCAGAUCCUGAUAAAUUUGAAGAUGAUAGACAAAAGUUAAUGAAGGAAGGCGUAUUUGCGCUAAAUAAAUUCAUUAUUAGAACUGGCCUUCCAACAUAUGAGGUUUGUAAAACUUUGGGAGUUUUUCUUGCUCAAGGAUUUGAAGAUAAGCUUGAAAUCGGACAAAUAAUUUACAUUGGACCUGGUCUAUAUUUAUUUUCACCCUUUACGGAUCCAAAUCUUAUCAUCCCAACUUCUCCCUUUAAUUUAGAACAUGCAUCCAGAUUAAUUCGCACACUCCUUUGUUUGCGAUAUAAUGCCAUUAAAAAGAUCAAAAGUUUUCGAAAAUUCGAAAAAAAGUGCCAACGAUACAUUUUAAAUCCAAUAUCGAAAUAUGCUACCGGAUUUACACCAGACCGGCCUCAAACUGUGACGUUUUCCGAAUUUCUGCCCAAGGAAGAGACGUCUGGCAAG